AAUUUCCCACCACAUUCCUCUGUUUCUACAUAACCUAUCACUGAUUACCUAUUCUUAACCAUCCAUUUAUAUUCAUUCACUUUCCAUUUCAUACUGACCACACCACCAUGAGUUCCAUCCGGCGCAUGUCCCCGACGGACCUACUCUCCCUCAACCUGACGAACCUCGACCCAUUAACGGAGAACUAUGACCUGGGCUUCUACCUUAAUUACCUCAUGCGGUGGCCUUCCCUCUUCAGCAGCGUCCAAGACCGCCGGGAAGGCAUUGUCGGUUACAUCAUGGGAAAGACCGAAGAACAACACCCGUCCAUGCGUCACUCUGAACACUAUACUCCCUGGCACGGCCACAUCACCGUCUUGACGGUGGCGCCCGCAUGGCGUCGGCUUGGCCACGCUCGCCGUCUCACCGAGAGACUCGAGCGUGGAUCCGACAUCAACGACGCCUGGUUUGUGGACUUGUAUGUCCGGUCUGGGAAUAAGAUAGCGGUGGACAUGUAUAAGGGAAUGGGAUACUCUGUAUUCCGACGGGUGGUGAAUUACUAUAGCGAUGAUCCGACGGGAAUGUCAGAUUCCGGUGAAGACGCAUUUGAUAUGCGGAAGCCAUGCUCUCGAGAUAAGAAUCUACAACAUGUACGGGAAAAUGGGGAGGAUUUCCUUGUUAGUCCAGAGGAUGUUUCAUAGAGUCCCUGGUCUGUUUCGAUGUUUGCUUGGGUAUGUGCAUAAUAAAAGUGCGGUAUAUUUUAGCAUUCAGGUGUUUCGGUGUUAUCUUCGAUCUUCUGUCUCUUUUGUGUUGUUCUUGCAUCCGGGAUUCUUUGCAGUGCUUCGCGCUCUAUUAGAUGAUGUCGACAUAAAUGUGUACGGAAUGAGGAAAACUGCAUUGAGUGGACCAUGCGCUCUAAAAUGUUUCUGGCGCUUAAA